GCUAUGCCUCCCUCUAAUUACCAGGUGUCUGGCUCAGGGCCUGGCCAGUUAUUUAGAGAACCAGCGCCUGCUCCUAGCACAGAUCUCUAUGAGGCUGGGGCUGCAGGCACUCUGCUCAAAGCCAGCUGCCUGAAGCUGCCGUCUCCUCACUCUGCUAUUCCAGGACCCCUCCUGCCGCCUCUGCACCCCAAAGCUCAGCAGCAUCAUGUCGCUCGCACACACAGCUGCAGAGUACAUGCUGUCAGAUGCCCUGCUGCCUGAUCGCAGGGGCCCCCGCCUCAAAGGACUGCGCCUGGAACUUCCCCUGGACCGCAUGGUCAAGUUCGUAGCUGUGGGCUCCCCUUUGCUGCUGAUGUCCCUGGCGUUUGCCCAGGAGUUCUCCUCUGGGUCUCCCAUCAGCUGCUUCUCUCCCAGUAACUUCAGCGUCCGGCAGGCUGCCUAUGUGGACAGUUCCUGUUGGGACUCACUGGUUCACCAUGAACAUAACGAGCCUGGCCAGUACAAGCUGAAAUCCCUCUGGCCUCACAAGGCCCUCCCCUAUUCCCUGCUGGCCCUGGCCGUCGUCAUGUACCUGCCCGCUCUGCUGUGGCAGUACGCAGCUGUGCCAGCCCUCAGCUCUGACCUGCUCUUCAUCAUCAGCGAACUGGACAAAUCCUACAACCGCUCCAUCCGCCUGGUGCAGCACAUGGUGAAGAUCCGGCAGAAGAGCUCGGACCCCCAUGUUUUCUGGGAUGAGCUGGAGAAGGCUCGGAAAGAACGAUACUUUGAAUUCCCCUUGCUGGAGCGGUACCUGGCAUGUAAGCAGCGCUCACACUCACUAGUGGCCACCUACCUCCUGAGGAACUCCCUCUUGCUCCUCUUUACCUCAGCCACCUACCUGUACCUUGGUCACUUCCACCUGGAUGUCUUCUUCCAAAAGGAAUUCAGCUGUUCCGUCAAGACAGGGCUGCUCAGCGAUGAGCCCCACAUCCCCGACCUCAUCACGUGCAGGCUGACCUCCCUGUCUGUUUUCCAGAUCGUUAGUCUCGCCAGUGUAGCAAUAUACACCCUACUGGUUCCAGUGAUAAUCUACAACCUCACACGCCUAUGUCGGUGGGACAAAGGACUUCUGUCCAUCUACGAGAUGCUCCCAGCAUUUGACCUCCUCAGCAAGAAGAUGCUGGGGUGCCCCAUCAAUGACCUCAAUGUGAUCCUUCUUUUCCUCCGAGCCAACAUCUCUGAGCUCAUCUCUUUCAGCUGGCUAAGUGUCUUAUGUGUGUUGAAGGACACCACCACCCAGAAGCACAACAUUGACACUGUGGUCGAUUUCAUGACUUUAUUGGCGGGCUUAGAACCCUCAAAACCGAAACACCUCACUCAUCGGGUGUGUGACGAAAACCCAUAGUGAAGAAAUCCUGGAACAAGAAAUUUGAUGGUAGUAAAAAUCUCUCUCCUUCCUCACAAGCCUCACAGACUAAUAUACAAAAAUAUCUGUUUUAGAAUUGCUACGCUUGGAUUGAGCUGACUCAGACAUUCUGUAUCAUGUUAUCCUAAAGGUGAGAAGAGAUAAUCGACACAUGGAAAUAAAUCUGAAAGUUGGAUCUGAAGAGUCAAAGAACUGAAAAAUUAGGUCUAGAGCACAUGAGAAGAAAAACCUACAACCAAAAUAAAGUCUAGACAUUCUAUAAGGAAAGAAGGUUCUGAAGGCUAUUUAUGGAGGCAGGUUCUUCUCACUGUAUUUACUUCAUGGCCCUUCUAGGAUACACACACAGCUUAUCCCAGAGAGCAAGUGGGUUAAUCUGGUAGGAGAAUAAAGACAUGGAAUCCCUCCAAACCCUCUGGUGGGGCCUGACAUCCUAGGAAUUUGCCCAGCUUGCUCUGUCGAAGCCAUCAACCGUGCUCAGGCCUUCUGUGACCUGCAAAGUGGGCAGGAGGUAAUGAUGGCAGGAACCUGGAAUCUGCUCUUUGGGCUUAAGGACCAUGUAGAACAAGUCCAGGGCCGUGCCACAAACAUGAGGUGUGCAGAUACACCAUUUCAUCAUCUAAAUCAGGGACUCCCUUAACCGUGGGCUGGGAUUAUGGGCUGCGGACUACUUCACAACUCUUAACGGGCCCAGGUAUGCUUUUAAUACCCCAAGGGAGGUGAUACUUCCACUUGCAGCCAAUCACCGAAAAGCGACCACUUAAGUGAAGUGUUGUUGAGCCUCUUCUCUCUUCUCUGACUCAUCACCCUAUCUUAGUCGGUAACUUCCAUUCCUGUGCCUGUAUUUAAGGAGACCUUGAUCUGACUCCAAAGGCCUCGCUCAGCCCACAAUACUAUGCUGUCUCCCAUUUGAUAGUUCUUUUCAGAGGUGCACAUUGUUACACCCUACUUCAUAUAGGUAAACAGAAAAAUUAUCUUGCUCCUGACAAAUCUGGGUAAGUUCACCUAAAACAAGCAAAGUGGCAGACAGACAUUCAUCAAUGGCUUCCUAUUGUCAUUAGGUAAAAGUCUUACUCUUCAGUUGGUACAACCCCCUUCACUAUCCAAAUACUGUCUACUACUUCCGUCCUCUUGCCUCUCCCCAUAUGCAUCUUUCACUCUAUUCAACUACUUGCAGUUUCUAAGUUCACAUGAUGUUGAGGACAGCAUAUUCAAAAG